UUGUUCGCUUCACCAUCUUCACCGCGCGACGACUCUCUUCCUAUCGCAAACUGCCACUAGCGAAUACGACAUGGCUUGUAAUUCCUCUGGCUGUGAGUCCGGUUGCAAUGGCCGCGAGAAGGAAAAUGGAGGCAAAACGGAGGAAGUUGCAGUAGCUGGUGGUGUUAAUCAGGAGAGUGUCUGCGUUAAGUGUAAAUGCAACGAGCCUAUGGUUUUUGGGGACGGUGGCUCGGAAGAUGGAAGAUUCUGCGCCGAUUGUUUCAGGAACAAUGUCUUUGGGAAGUUCCGUCUCGCUGUUACUUCUCACGCCAUGAUUACUCCUUCGGAUAAUGUCCUCGUUGCUUUCUCCGGCGGAUCAUCUUCCAGGGUUGCUCUACAAUUUGUGCACGAGUUGCAAAUCAAGGCUUUGAAGAAUUAUGAGGCGAGUCGAGAUAGAUCUUUACCUGUGUUUGGUGUUGGUGUUGCGUUUGUGGAUGAAAGUGCAGCUUAUCCUUCUCUUUCCACUGGAAUGGUUGAUGCGAUCACGUGGAUUCGAUCCACUGUGGCUGAUUUGUCUCCACCUGAAAAGGAUCUCCAUGUUGUUCCGAUCGAAAGCGUCUUUGGUUCAGACUCUCUUGAAGCACGGGAUAGGUUCGUAAAGCUGUUGGAUUCUGUUUCUGACGAGACUGGAAAAGAAGACCUUUUGCUGCAUCUGAGAAUGUUGUCUUUGCAGAAGGUUGCCUCUGAGAAUGGAUAUAACAGAUUAGUACUAGGAUCAUGCACAUCGAGACUCGCUUCCCAUGUUCUUACGGCCACUGUCAAGGGACGAGGGUAUUCAUUAUCAGCAGAUAUUCAGCAUGUUGAUGCGAGAUGGAAGGUUCCCAUUGAGCUUCCGCUUCGUGAUUGUGUUUGGCAGGAAAUAACUAGACUCUGCCAUUUGGAUAGUUUAAAGACUGUGGAGUUGGCUCGUCAUCCUCAAUCCGGGAUCAAUGACUUGGUGUCUUCAUUUGUUGCUCUGUUGCAGGAAGAAAAUCCUUCUCGGGAGUGCACAAUUGUACGGACAGCUGCGAAGCUGACUCCAUUUUACUUCAAUAAAAUCCCCGAGACCGACGACUCUUGUGUUCCUUUGGCCACUCAGAGGCGUCUAAAGAAAUUCAAUCUCAAAUAUGACGGUUCUAUGACUACUGAAGCAUUCUGUCCUAUCUGCAAUGGCCCGCUAAAUAGAUCAGACUCAUCGGAUUUGAAUACUUUGGAUGGAUGCCUUGAAACUGAUGAUGUCCUUUAUGCUGCUUGCUGUUCAAGUUGCCGGUUUCAGAUACUUCCACAAGAUAGAUCAUCCCUUGAGCAUUUCGGUUCACUUCUACCACAUCACAUGAUUUCCCAAGCCAAGCAUCAAAAGGUUAACAGUCAAGCUUAUCUGAGGGAGAGAAUAAAAGACUGUUUGCUCUUGGACAAUGAAGAGGCUGUCUAAAUCUGCAAUGCUUGUGCUGCUUCAGAUAUCAUUCUUCCCGGCUUGCACAAGGCAGAGAGAAAUUUAAACUACGUUAUAUAGUUUUGUAAUGUUUCUUGCUUACACUUCAAAUGACCACACUUCACAUGACCUGCUUGAAGCUAAGGAAGAAAGGAAUCUCGAUCUAGUUAUGAGAAAUUUUAUACCAUCAUAAGUACUUAUGGAGUUAAUGGUUUUAGUUUGGUCGGUCAAGAUUUUGGAAAUUUAUGAAUCGAGCACAUCUAUAUUAUGAGUGACACAU